AUGUCGGACCCUAUACCGAUCCUUCGCCCCAAGUCCGAGCCCGCCGCUCUGGAUGAGACCACAGCGGCGGAUAUCGCAGGCAGUGUGGGCAGUGCGACAGAUGGAACAGAAUCCCUCACACCCGGAUACCAGUCCUCCUCUCCGGGCAGUCCUUAUCUAUUAUCCAGAAACUCCUCAUAUAUCGGAAGCCAGUCUCUGCAAGAAGACUGGGAUAUUCCACUCGACAAGCUCACCUUUUUCGACAUCUUUGACAACUUAGCCUUGCCCUCAAAACUCGAACGAUGGCAGGCAACGCUCGCCGCCCAGAAAGAGAAACUGGCCAGGCAACAGGAGAGAAUAAGAACCACCGGUAACAACGCCAAAGAUCGCGCCAUGGCCGAAUGGCGCAAACGAGUACCAACAGCCGAUGAACAGCUGGCGAAAUACCGAUCGCGGAUGAAGAAAUCCGUCGACGAUCUCAGCAAGAGAUGGAACGACGUCGUCACUAUAUCCGUUAGGGAAAAGGUGUCCUUCAUUUCCGCUGUCCUGAACGUCUUUGUCAGUGGUUACCUGAUUGGUGCCGUCCCCGAAUACUUCUAUUACUGGUUCACGGUCCAACUGGCCUAUUUCAUGCCCAUCCGAUUCUACACCUAUCAUCGCAAAGGCUAUCAUUAUUUUCUGGCGGACUUGUGCUACUUCGUCAACUUCCUCUGUUUGCUCUCCAUCUGGGUCUUUCCCCGAUCCAAACGCCUGUUCAUCAGCACCUACUGUCUCGCCUACGGCAACAAUGCCGUGGCUAUUGCAAUGUGGCGGAAUUCUCUAGUUUUUCACUCCUUGGACAAAGUCACCAGUCUCUUCAUCCACGUGAUGCCCCCUGUCGCCUUGCAUUGUAUCGUCCACCUGACACCGGACGAUAUGCUCAGCUGGCGGUUCCCGGCCGUGUUCAACAUCAAACACAGCGCUCCUGGAUCACCGGAACAUUACGCGCUCGCGGCGAUGCUAGGUUGGGCAACCAUUCCCUACACUAUCUGGCAGCUAUCCUACCACUUUUUCAUCACAGUACGGAGACGCGAAAAGAUCGCAGCGGGACGCCCUACCUCAUUUACCUGGCUACGCAGGUCAUAUUCGAAAACGUGGAUCGGCAAAUUCGUCAUUUCGUUACCAGAAUAUUUGCAAGAACCGGCAUUCAUGCUCAUCCAAUACUGCUAUGCCUUACUCACCAUUAUUCCAUGCCCGUUCUGGUUUUGGUACCGCUGGGCGAGCGCCGUAUUCUUGAUGGUCGUAUUCAGCUGGAGUGUUUGGAAUGGGGCAAACUACUAUAUGGACAUCUUUGGCAAACGGUUCCAGAAGGAGCUGGAACAGAUGAAGCGUGAUGUCGCCAAAUGGCAGAACAGUCCCGGAGCGAUGUUCAGUCCGCCAAAUGGACCGGUCGACGGGGAAGUAUCCCUGACAGUGCCGAAGGGCGGGGACAAAGAUGCAGAAAAGGGCCAUGACAAGAGACGAAGCAUUGACCGCAUACCCUUGCUUGAUGACACUCUUCAGAACGAAAAAGCAGACCCGGCCGCACGCGCAACCGGCGCAGAAAUCCUGAGUGACGCAGACAAGAGGGUCUUAGAUCGCAAGUCAAUGUCCGGACCUCCUGCCUCGGCGCCGUGA